UUCAAAGUGAAUAUCUUGUUGCAUAUACAAAAGAGAAGAAUAAAAAACUAAAUAAUGAAUUCCUUGGAGUGUAGCUAUGAUGAAAAGGAGCGAAUCUGGUGUAAUGCAAUUCAGUCGCCGACUUACGACUUCAACUGUUCGCUGGGAAAAAUUAUAUACAAUAAUCUAAAAAAUUUCCCGAAAAAAAUUUGCCAGGUUUCCGAUAUUGAUGGACUUGAAGUAACCAAUGCAGAAAUGCUUUCUUGGUCUAUUCGAUUGGCGCGGCAUUUCAAGAAAUUGGGUUUACGACACAACAAUGUCAUCGGUAUUGUGGCAAAGAAUAGCACCUAUACAAGCGCAGUUGCCGUUGGUUGUUUUAUGAACUGUACACCCUUUCAUGCUGUUAACGGAGGACUAGAUGCAGAUACAAUUCAACAGCUUUUCGAAAACACAGCACCUAAAAUAAUAUUUUGUGAUGGUGAUGUGUAUGAAAAAAUUCAUGGGGCCACUCGCUCUCUGAGACCAUUGCUUUAUACGCUGACAAAUCAUAUUGAUGGAGUAGCCAAAGUGGAGGACCUUCUUGUGCCAACGCCAAACGAAGAUUUGUACCUACCUGAGCCAUUGAUGUUGGGUGGCGCACAGACCGUAGCAAUCCUCUGCUCCUCAGGCACAACGGGUGUACCCAAGUGUGUAUGCCUAUCAAAUUAUUAUCUACAGUUUGAAAAUAUGUUUGUAACCAGCGAGGAUGUAGUCUUUACAAACAGCAGCUUGGACUGGGUGACGGGUUUAAUUUUUACUUAUCUUUCCACCAGCAUAAGCUGCAAGCGUGUCAUUACUAAUCGCCCCUACACACCCGAAUAUCUAGUUGAUCUGGUGAAAAAAUACAAGAUUACUUACAUCGGAAUUGCACCACGUCACGUUGCCACACUUGUCGCUUGUCCCACAGCCACAGCAGAAAAUCUUAGCUCAGUCAACGCCUGUCUCGUUGGUGGUGGCUGCAUUAGUCUUCCGACAAUGAAACGUCUGCAAAGCAUACUCAAAAACUGCGCAGUUACUUUUGGUUAUGGACUAACUGAGGUUGGUUUGGUGUCGAUAAACUCUGGUGAACAUACUCCUAGCUCUGUGGGUAAAUUGUUCCCCGGCCUGAAGGUACGCAUUGUUGAUGAAGACGGCCAAAAUUUGCCACGCAAUGAAAUUGGUGAGGUAUAUGUGAAUACUGGACGUACUUGGAAUGGUUACUAUGGCAACCCAAGUGAGACGCAGCGUACCCAGGACUCUUCUGGUUGGUUCCAUACUGGUGAUUUGGGCUACUUUGACGAUAACAAUUUGCUGUAUAUAGUUGAUCGCAAGAAGGAUAUAAUUAAGUAUCAGGGUAUGCAUUAUUGGCCAGCUGAGAUAGAGCAGGUUAUCAAUGAGUUGGCCGAGGUGGAGGACGUGUGUGUGGUGGGCGUGUAUGAUGAGCGGAAUGGUGAUGCAGCUGGUGCGGUGGUAGUGCGACGCAAGGGAGCUCAGCUAACGGAGCAACAGGUCAAAGAGCAUGUGAGGAAACGCCUGCCUGUUUACUAUAAACAACUGCACGCGGGCGUGGUAUUCAUAGAGCGUUUGCCACAGAAUAGUAAUGGCAAGACCUUACGAAGGGAAGCCAAAGUGUUACUUGAGGCGAAGUGAAUAAACUUGUGGGUAAUUUGAAGCAUUUUGGGCCAAAAAUAAGGAAUUAUUUAUUGUUUUGCACGACUAUUUAAUCUGUAACAGAUUUGGUGUGUGGAAAUUUACAAAUUUUAGAAAGUGGUAUGCAUUGUAAUAA